AUAUCAUACAUUUCGUAUGGUACGGAGGAGGGAAGGCAACCCUUCCUUCCCCAAUAUUGUUAUUGUUAGAUGGAAGAAAGAAAUCUCUUGAAGAAAAAUUGAAGAUCAAAUCGGAGUUAAUAGCAGGGGCCGCGGCGUCGGCGGCUGUCUCUCUCAUCCAUGGCGGGGCAAUCGCGGAAGUGGAUGGUGGUGGCGGCGGCGGUGUGGAUCCAGGCGUUCACCGGCACCAACUUCGACUUCUCGGCCUACUCGUCUGAGCUGAAGGCGGCGAUGAGGAUCUCGCAGGUGCAACUCAACUACCUGGCCACCGCCUCCGACCUCGGCAAGGCUCUCGGCUGGUCCUCCGGCCUCGCCCUCCUUUAUCUCCCCCUGCCCGUCGUCCUCCUCCUCGCCGCCGCCAUCGGCCUCGCCGCCUACGGCGCCCAGUGGCUCCUCAUCACCGGCCGCAUUUCCCUCUCCUACUUCCCUGUAUUUCUGUUGUGCUUGUUGGCCGGUUGCAGCAUCUGUUGGUUCAACACCGUCUGCUUCGUCCUCUGCAUCCGCAACUUCUCCCUCGACCGCUCCCUCGCCCUCGGCCUCACCAUCAGCUUCAACGGCCUCAGCGCCUCCCUCUACGCCCUUGCCGUUAACGCCGUCUCUUCCUCCUCCUCCUCCGCCUACCUCCUCCUCAACGCCGCGCUCCCCCUCCUCGCCUCCACCGCCGCCCUCCUCCCCAUCCUCCGCCGCCCUUCUGCCGCUCUCCUCCUCGACUCCCCCUCCCACGACUCACACAUCUUCGUCCUCCUCCACAUCCUCGCCUUCUUCACCGGCCUCUACCUCCUCUUCCUCAACUCCCUUUCCUCAUCGAGCCUCACCAACGCGCGCAUCCUCCUCGCCGGCGCGGUCAUCCUCCUGAUUCUUCCCGUCUGCGUCCCCGGCCUCAUCUGCUCCCGCGACUGGUCGCGACGCAACAUCUACUCCAGUUCUCUGUUCGGCUUCUUCGGCGGCGCCGUCGAUGACUUUGAGCUGCAGAAGCAACUCGUCGGGAGCGACGAGGAGGAGAGUACCGGCAGCAACGUGAUUAUGAACGAUAACGACUGGGACGGCGGCGACGAUGCUGAUGCCGGGCAACACUAUUGCUCUUGCCGCGGGUUGAUGAAGGGCAAACUGGCGGCGAUCGGAGAAGAGCACAGCGUCGCGAGGCUCGUCCGCCGCAUCGAUUUCUGGCUCUACUACGUCGCUUACUUCUGCGGCGCCACCGUCGGGUUGGUCUACAGCAACAACCUCGGCCAGAUCGCGCAGUCGUUGGAGAAGGAUUCCCAAACCACCACGCUCAUCACCGUCUACUCCUCCUGCUCAUUCUUCGGCCGGUUGCUCUCCUCCGCCCCCGACUUCCUCCGCCAGAAGAUCCACUUCCCGAGGACAGGGUGGCUGGCCGUAGCGGUGGUGCCGCUGCCGGUGGCGUUCUUCCUCCUGGCAGAGUCCGGAGACAUGGACGCGUUGCUGGCCGGCACGGCCUUGAUCGGGCUCAGCUCAGGGUUCAUCUUCUCCGCGGCCGUCAGCGUCACCUCGGAGCUCUUCGGCCCCAACGGCCUCGGCGUCAACCACAACAUCCUCAUCACCAACAUUCCUCUGGGGUCGCUCCUCUACGGCCUGCUCGCCGCCCUGAUCUACGACGCCAACGGCAAAACCAUGGCGCCGGUAGUGGUCCUGCGCGACGGAAUGGUGGUUUGCAUGGGGAGGAAGUGCUACGCCAAGACGUUCUUGUGGUGGGCGUGCAUCUCGCUGGUGAGUUUGGCUUCGAGCCUGGCUUUGUACUUCCGGACAAAGGCGUUGUAUCGGCGCGCUGCGCGCCCGCGGCCGCACCCGCCGCCGGCAGGGGAGCAAGUGGUCGAGCCCGAGCCCGAGCCCGAGCCAGAGCCAGCCGCUGGCUAAUUAACAAAACAAAUCCAUGCACACAGAAAAUAUUCGAUGCCAAUUAACUUAUUAACUACAAGGAAAAUCUCACUUCAAUUUGUAUGUCUUUUAAUUUAAUUUACUUCCAAAACAAGUUACGUAGAUUAAUU